AUGUCACAAGAGGAAGAUUUCGUGUUGCUAGAAUCAUCAGACGGGUACACCUUUGUCGUGUCGAGGAAGAUCGCAGAGGCCAGUGGGACUUUGAAAUCGAUGUUGGAUGAGGAAGCCAAUUUCGAAGAAGCUAAAAACAAAACAUGUAAAAUCCAACAACGAGGCGUGAUAUUACUCAAAGUGAUAGAAUACUUGGCAUACAAAGUGCAGUACUCCGAAUUCAGCGCCGAAGAUAUCAAGGAAGAUUUCUCAGAUAGGAUCGAUCCUUAUAUCGCUUUGGAGCUAUUAACGGCAGCCGAUUUCUUAGAAGCAUAA